CUGGACUCAGAUUUCCUGAGGACAAGCGUAUAGCAUAACAUCAUAGCGAAGUACGUGAACAAAAAAAGAGGAAGAAAAAAUGGCAGCCCAUAAUUGGUGUCCUUAUAUUGGGAAGAACUCAUGGCCGGAGCUUUUGGGAACAAAUGGAGACUAUGCGGCCUCGGUUAUCAAAGGAGAGAACUCGAGCCUUCAAGUUACCGUGAUUUUGGUUGGAACUUGGGUUCCUGAUGACCUCAGGUGCGACCGCGUUAGGGUUUGGGUUGAUGAAAGCCGUACCGUCAUCAAAAACCCAAUCGCCGGCUAGAUAUGUAUAUGAACCACAAUUACUAUAUAUAUAUAUAUAUAAACGCGUUACUAUGAAAAUAACACAGAACGCAUGGUUGGUUUGGUCAAAAUGUAAUAUCCAUCGCUUGCUUAAACAACGGUGGUUUCGGUCAUAUAACGCAACGUUGGUUUAGUGCAUAUUACAA